AUGCGAACGAAGAUUGCGCAAAUCAAUUUUUCGCAAGUUGUUGGGAGCAGAAAUACUUAUAGCUUUAAAAUUAUCGAGUUUAUGUCCCUUAGCGGCGGUCUGAAUGCAUUGUGCAUUUGGCAAACAUCACUAAAAAAGCAACGAGGACUGAACGAAGAAAACCAGCAGAAGAUAGAAAAACUCUUGGCAGAAUGUGCUUAUGACAGAAAAAAAAACUAUGGUCGCAAAAAUCGUACUAGAGAAGUUCAAGAACAGUGCCACCAGCUAAGAGACGAAAUUUCUAAAGCAAAAGAUGAAAUUGAAAGCUUCAACACAAAAUUGAGGAACGUUGAGAAACAAGAGAACGAUGUGCAGUCUCAAUUGAACAGCAUCAACAACAGGUUGCAAGGUGCAUUUGGCCAACGAGCUUUGGUCGGGAAAGAAUUCAGUGAUAGUGGGCCGUCCAAAAAUGGCAGCACCACCUGGCAGUUGUCAGAAACAAAAAAGGAGCAAUUCAUACAGGUAAAAAUAUCAAAAAAUAAGAGCAGUUUGAAAUUUUUGAAAGAAAGCGCCCAGAAUGUCGAGCAGAAAACGUUUGAGAAACUGGAUGAAUACGAGAAGCUAACCAAACUACUAGAAGAACGACAGAAUAAGUUGACCAAAUUCAAAAAUGUAGCUGAGUAUGCGUUUCUUCAUUUGCAAGAUGCGGGAAAAAGGGAAAAACUACUAAGCGGACUUGAUGAACUGAAGAGAGGCAAUCAAAAGAAUGAUGACGACUUUGCCAACUUCGAGGACAGCAUAGUUACUAUUAAUCGUAUAAAAGUCGAAAAAGCCAAAAGGUUGGGCGAAAUAAAAAAGGCGAUCGAGUUAACACUCUUGGAUAUCAGCAGCAGAGAAAAACAAAUUGAAGAACUGGGAGAAAGCAUUAAAUGCAAAAAAAUGGAGACUGAUAAACUAAGAAAACAGUUAGCAAUGCUAUACCACGAAAGAAAUGCAAAAGCAGAAAACGAAUACAACACUCAGUUGGCCACUACGAAGAAGAAUAUUUCUGAAAAAAAGCACCGAAAACUCGAAUUGAGACUAAAAUCAGAAGCACUGGAGACAGAUUACAGUGCCCGAAGACGCCUACUAGAAGAAGAGAAAUCUGUUAACGAGUGUCUCAAGAGGACGACUGAAAUGCUGAAGCUGCAGUUGGCCAAUAGUAAAGAUGGAGAAGCUAAGACGGCCAAAGAGACUAAUGACAGCGAAAAGACCCUGAUACGAAUGGAGAAAGGUUGUAUAGCUGCCGAAGAGAAGUUGAGUCAAAUUAAGUCCAAGAACGAUUUUGAAGAAGAAAAAGUUCUGGCGAAAAAGGACAAGAUCAGUGUAUUAAAAAAUAAAUUGGAUGCUUUGAACGCCGAACAAGUUGACAUCAUGAAAAUCGGCACCCGUGAAGUUGGCAAAGAACUGUGGCAGUUCCGCAACCUUUACAGAAAGCUUCAGAAAGAAAUUCGUAACUACCAGAAAGAACUAGAGCUGUGUGCGCUGCGGCGCGACAACGUCGUCAACAAAGCCGCCGCAACAGUCCCAACAUUAUACCAAGUGAGGUCACAAGCCGUCAACGAAAUCCAACGACUACAAAGCCGUAUCGAAGAGUUGAGCAAGGAACUUGACGAGCUCAGAAGGCAAAAUGAUUUUCUAUCACUGCCGGUUCCUGAACACAGCCACUAA